GGCGCCCCCGCCAGGGAGCCGUGGCGCGCGUGGGCGGACCCGGCGGCGGACGGCGGCGAGGGGCCGGCGCCGCCUGCACCAGCGGGGGCCUCCCAGGCCGUGCCCGAGAGGGCGCCUCUGGGCGACCGCACGAACCGCGGAGGCGACGGCGGGGUGCCGCCGGGCGGCAAGCCGGCCGAGGUGCCGUGUCCGCCGAAGGACCUGACCCGGCAGUCUCGGAGGCCGCCGGCGACGGCGCCGCCGCCCCGCCAGCGGCGGCCACGACGGCCCUCGAGCCGCUGCUGUCGCCCACGAGGUCGCCGCUGCGCCGCGCUCCGGCCGCCGCCGCCGGCGACGCCCUCGGCGCGUCGUCCCCGCGGCGCUCGCCGACGCCCUCGCCGACGCCCUCGCCGACGCCCUCGCCGCCGUUGCCGGGCACCGUCAUCGGCCUCGUGAGCAGGGGCCCUGACGCUUCGCCAAGGUCCUCGCCGACCAGGGCUGACGAGGCGGUGUUCGGCUCCAUGCCGAGGCGCGCGAGCAUCGCCGAGCGAUGCGACGGUGAGCUGAGCUCCGCGCGGCUCAACCAGCAGGGCGCGGCGCGCUCGGUCCUGCGCCAGCACCCGACGGACUUCAAGGCCAAGAUGCUGUGCCGCAUGCUUCAGGGCAGCUCGAGGCCGCGGGAGGGGCCGCGCGUGACCUUCCAGGAGCAGCAGCCAGAGCAGAGCUCGCCGCCCAGGUGGUACCUCGACAUGCUGGUGGAGUCCAAGCUCCCAGAGGAGAGCCCCCAGCGGCUGCGCAUCCGCCGCCCGCCGCGACGCCGCCCGCCACGCCCCCGCGGGCGCUGACGCCGCCGUCCCGCCGGCGCGACCCCGCGCGCGACCGGUGGCGGCGGCCCUCCCCCUGCGCGGCAUGGCGCGCAGGCUG